AAGACCGCAGCGGCAGUAUGUGGCGCGCAGAUGACACCAAGAGCCACCUUCACAGUCAUCAGUCUCACUCUCAUUCAUUCCACUUGCGUUUCCUUCCUCUUAGGUGGCGCAGCCAUAACUCACCCGCCGCCUCCUUCUUUAUUAUCAUUAUAAACAAACCCACAAACAAACUUGAAUCUCUCUAUCUCUCAUGGCAUUCAUGGCCGCCGUUUCACGCGCCGCGCUCUUUUCCCGUGCCGGAAUCAUCCGCUCCAUGAGCAACAUCCCCGAGAACACCGUCUACGGCGGCCCAAAGUCCCAGAGCCCGGACCACCGAGUCACCGUCACCCAAAUCAAGCAGAAGCACAACAAGGGCGACCCCAUCACCAUGGUCACCGCCUACGACUACCCCUCCGCGGUCCACCUCGACUCCGCCGGAAUUGACAUUGCCUUGGUCGGCGACUCGGCUGCCAUGGUCGUGCACGGCUAUGACACCACCCUCCCUAUAACGCUGGAAGAGAUGCUCGUCCACUGCCGCGCUGUGGCGCGUGGGGCCAAGCGCCCGCUUUUGGUUGGGGACUUGCCGUUUGGAUUCUACGAAUCUAGCUCCAUUCAGGCUAUCGAUACAGCGGUGAGGAUUUUGAAGGAAGGAGCAAUGGAUGCAAUAAAAUUGGAAGGAGGGGCACCUUCGAGAAUUACUGCGGCAAAAUCUAUUGUUGAGGCUGGAAUUGCUGUGAUGGGGCAUGUGGGACUUACUCCGCAGGCGAUUAGCGUUCUCGGGGGGUUUAGGCCUCAAGGAAGGAAUGUUGCUAGUGCUGUAAAGGUUGUGGAGACUGCAUUGGCUCUGCAAGAAGCUGGGUGCUUUUCUGUUGUUUUGGAAUGUGUACCGCCACUUGUGGCGGCUGCAGCAACGUCUGCUCUUCAGAUUCCUACAAUUGGCAUUGGAGCAGGGCCUUUUUGCAGUGGACAGGUGCUAGUUUACCAUGAUCUUCUUGGAAUGAUGCAGCACCCACAUCAUGCCAAGGUUACCCCUAAAUUCUGUAAGCAGUUUGCACAGGUUGGAGAUGUCAUCAACAAAGCUCUUGUAGACUACAAGGAAGAAGUGACUAGUAGGACAUUCCCAGGCGCUGCCCACAGCCCAUACAAGAUUAACCCUGCUGAUGUUGAUGGCUUUUUAAGUGAGUUACAAAAAAUGGGUUUGGACAAGGCUGCAUCUGCGGCAGCUGAAGCAGCUGAGAAGAUAAAUUCAAACAAAUCAAAGUAACUGGCAAUGAUCCAGCCUAAUUUAUCUUUUAGGCAAGGUUAAUGUAGGUAAAAAACCAUUUGGUCAAAAGUUGGAUUCUGAAGUAAGGGAUCGCAAUGCAAAAAUGUCAAACGCCAAUGACUCUUGCCUUGUCUUCACAAUAAUCAGGGUUAUCUUAGAAUAGUUCGAAGGAGUAGAAUGCCACCUUCCUUUCCUUUUGACAUUUCUCUGUAACAGUUUAGGUAUCCAAUGAAUGAAGUUUGGUUCCAUUUUGAGUUGUAAAAGAAAGGUUGUUCUUGUUUAAAGUUGUUUUUAGAAUUCGAAAGCAACUUCAGCUAUUAAGAUAUGAAGUCACUAAUAGAAUCAUUCCUGAUCUGCCCA